GGAAAAACAAGUCAACGUCAAGAUCGAGUUAUAUAAUUAAUGUUAACAAAAUUGCCUAAGAAUGUCAACAAAUACGAUGCAUCACCUAACUAUAUGAACUUUUCCCAAAAGUUUCCAGUCGUCAAAAUUGUAGAAACACUUUACAUCUUCGUUUAUAUUAGUUUGAUCAUAAAACAUCAUUAUUUGGAGAAUUGGUCAACGAAUCCGAACAACAUGAACCACGAUCUUAAUGCGCGCAGUUGUGAGAUGAGGAAAAAGUCCCUUAACAGAUUUCUACUUAUGUUACGCGAAGUAAAAUACUCUCUUGCUUGCUGUGAUAUCACCUUCUAGCUCUCGAACUCUCCUGCUAAAAGAUUGGGCAAACCAAAAUAUUUAUUUCGUUAUUUUGAGAGAAAGAAAAUAUCCACAGAGCCAAAAAACAUGAAAAUCGGUGAGCCAGAAAUAGCGCCACCCACUGAAAGUUUUAAAAACUAAAUUGACUUACAAAAACCUCAUGGACAAGUCAACGCGGCCUAAACGAAAUCGUCGUCACAGCAGACGAGCCUGGCCACCGGAGGAGGAGCUGCAUCCAGCAACCCGAGCCACAAAGAGGUUAUUUACUCCCGACAUCAAGAGGAUGCUAAAGGACUGGUUAAUUCGUCGCCGGGAGAAUCCUUAUCCCAGCAGGGAGGAGAAAAAACAGCUUGCUGCAGAGACUGGGCUCACGUACACUCAGAUUUGCAAUUGGUUCGCAAACUGGCGAAGAAAGCUUAAGAACUCGGAGCGAGAGAAAGCCAAGAAAUCCUGGGGUCAUCUGAUCAAAAAUUACAACCACAAUGCCCGAGGUAAUGUGGAACAAUUUAGCAUCUCGUCGGAGGACAGUAUUUGGGAGGAGGAGAUGCACUCGUGUCCCGCGGAGGAUGACGAAGGAGACGAUAAUGACGAGUUUUCAAGCCACAGCACUGGUAGCGAUGGCAAUGCCAAUAACGAAUCUUCAUCCCCAUACAAGCCGAUUGUGUUUGUAGGAUCUGCAGGAUUGUCCGAGCGGAUACCCAUUUUAUCAGAAGCACAACCAGGGGGCAGGGCCAAGUACAAGCACCAGAUGAUGGAAAAGUAUCUGCGUGAUAGUUCCACGGCAAAAACAAUCAGUCAACAGGGCACACAACUGAACAAGUGGCUGGAAAGUGCAGCAAAGUUCACACCGGACAGAAACAAUUAUCACAUCGAGUGGAAUACGAGCAGAAAGCUGGCAGUAACGGCAGUUGUGGACAAACGAUCUUUACCACAGAUGUGUCUGAGCCUGGUCGUGGUGAUCACUGGAUGCUUCAUCAUAAGGACGAAUUGGAAGCGGCAGAGGCCUUGGCCAACCUCGCCUUCAACUGCAGGCAACGCUGGCACCAUAUCUAAAGACUGAGGACUCCGGAACUGACGCCAUCAUUCCAGCAGAAGUUUCAGGCCCCGUUGGAAAGUGCAAUCUAGUCAAAUGGGCUUCUUCUGGUUUUCAUUUUCAAACUUUACAGUACAAUAAUCUCAUGUUACCAGGAUUUUGUUCAACUUUUAGCUACACUCAUUUAAAUUAUGUGAUAAAUUAAGACGAUCAUAUUUAUGUGAACUGAAAACCAGAUUGCGCCGAGAGUUAACAAUUACUACAGCUAGUUUAGAGUGAAAAACAAU